AUGCAUGGGUGUAUGCAUGCAUUGAUAGACCUGUAUGUGUGCAGGAGAGCAGCAUUUCUGGAGUCAGAAAAAUAUGCAGUCAACUUUGAUGCCGUUAAUUGUGCCAACAUCUUUGCCGUCCUGCGUGUUGGCACGUGGCAGGUUCUUGACGACAGGCGCAGGAUUCGGCUGUACAGCUCUGGCGGUUCUGCAUUGCGCAUGGCGGCAUCACGGUUCAUACGCUACGGAAGCACUGGCGAGAUUGAGGACGUUCUAGAGUUCCAGAUCGCAAGCGCUAUCAUUGCUGGUGACGCGGAAGUGAGUAGCCACGAGCCCCACUUGUUUCAGCUGUGCUUGGAUUUCCACCACGACGACACAGCGAUGGCCUUGCUGUCCCGUGGGGUACCUGGCUGCAGGUUGAAGGUGAGGCACCUCGGACCCUAUGCCCCAAGAAUGGUUUCUUGCGGAUGCGCUUGCGAAAGCCACGGGACAUGCUGCGGAUUCUGUUGCUGGGGAUCGGACAUCGGAGUCGGCAACACAGAUGCUUUGGAGUUCGGCAAGGAGCACAUCCUGGCCCUGCAGUCGGACGGGCCACUGCUGGAUCGCGCCAUCCGCAGUCUCUCGAACAAGUACCGCCCUCGUCUGUGGCCUGCGAUCCCGCGGGACGCACCAGGCGAGCCAGAUGAGGAGGCCGACGAUGAUGAAGCCGCCAUCGUCAUAGAGACCAACCUCCGCACCAACUCCAGCCUAGGCUUUCCGAGCUACGAGCAUUGA